AUGGCCAAUCCACAACUGUACAUGAAUGCACGCCUUUCUCCUAUCUCUCUAACUUAUUACGGGUUUUGUCUGGGAAAUGGAAACUACACUGUACACCUCCAUUUUGCAGAGACAGGGUUUACAAGUGGCAAAACAUAUAAAAGCCUAGGAAGGCGUAUAUUUGAUGUUUACAUUCAGGGGACACUAGUGCAGAAGGAUUUCAAUAUUGUCGAUAAAGCUGGUGGGAUUAGUACUGCAGUCAUAAUGAACUAUACAGCUGCUGUAACUAGUGGUACCUUGGAGAUCCGUUUCUAUUGGGCUGGGAAAGGGACGACCGGUAUCCCUCUUAAAGGAGUUUAUGGUCCUCUUAUAUCAGCUAUUUCUGUAGAUCCUGGGCAGAGGCUUAGAGUCAGGAAAACUGAAUAA